GUCGUCCAAGACCGAGAUCUUACCGGCCUGGACCCUGAUUGUUUACCCUCUUGGCUCGGCCCGCGUGCUCAUCUCUGUCCGCUAUCGGCUUUCCGUCUUGCCUUGGAGACGCGGGCUGACCAAACAACAGCGGUACACACGUCCGCUUCCCUUCAACCCCUUAUCAUGACCUCUGAUCCGUCCUCAUCGGCAAUACCCUUGCCUCCACCAUGCGACGACCCGAGAAUCAGCGCCGUCCACCCAACAAGGCCUUGGCCUUGGACCCGACCUGUUGCUCCCUCGACUUCAUCAAGCGACGCUUCCUCUCCGUCCUCCACGACGCCGCUUGAACUCGUCCAAGUUCACUACUACAUUCGGCAUGGGGAGCGAGUUCCCGUCCGCACCCGCCUCCUCACCGCAAACCCACCACUGCCAGAGCGCUGGGCGUUGUGCUUUACCAAUGCCCAACCUUACUCGCCAACUGUCCUAGCCGCAGGAGAGAGCAGCAAAGAAGCACGGAGCGAGUCCAUGCCUAUCCUUCGUGUGCCCGAGUCUGUGGAGCCAACCAUUUUGAUGGCAGGUACCCCCAACCCAACAGGGGAAGGAUCAACCCGCGUCUCCGCUCCACUCAGAGGUGAAUGCCUCCUCGGAGAGCUGACAGACCGAGGAAGAGCUUCGACGCUCAAAAUGGGUCAGCAUCUGCGCUCAGUCUAUGUUGAUCAACUUGGCCUUCUCCCAGCCAAGCUGGCAAGGGAGGACGAAGGGAGCGGGUUGCUCUACGUGCGCAGCACAAACAUGCCGCGGACGACGGAAAGUGCAACACAAGUGAUCAAGGGCCUGCUCUCCCUCUCACAAGACCACUCGUCCUCAUUAUCAUCAUCCCCUUCGCAAGCAUACCGUCCCACCAUAUUCAUCCGCAAUGGACAUCAAGAAUCCUUACUCCCAAACACCUACUCCUGCCCCACCCUGGCGAGACUAGACGCCCACUUCUCCCGCCAGGCAGCUAGGCUGCUCAAUCCCUGGCUCUCUACGCUUGACCCCCUUAUUGCACCACAUCUCAGUAAGGACGGAUCAGUCAAGCUACGGGUGGAUGGUCAUCCGCGCUUGUCGGGGGUGACGGACAGUCUAAGAUGCGCCAAGGCACAUAGCAUGCCUGUUCCUGCUCCGAUGCGCGGUCAGAGCGAGGCCCUCGACAAGAUGGAGGCAGCCGUGUGCGCCGAGUGGUUUGGCGGGUACUCUGCUGGUCGAUCUGGACGGGAAGAAGAGGCAGGAGAUGGAGAAAAGAGCAAGGUCUUUCGUCGCCUUGCGAUGGGCCCUCUCCUGAGGGAUCUGCAGUGGUGCUUGGACGAAAAGGCUGCUAGCAGCGAGGUGAUUGCUCCGGGCGAGAAUGAGAAAAGCGAGAAAGUCCCGCUGCGUAUGGCCAUCUACUCUACUCACGAUACCACCCUGGCCGGCAUGCUGGCUACGCUGGACCUGUACGACGGGAGGAGAUGGCCGGCUUUCACUGCGAGCGUGGGGGUGGAGCUUUGGAAGCAGGCAGGGCGACAGGCUCAACCGCAGGCAAGCUCAGGAGCAGAAGCCCAGGAAGCGCGAACACAGCACUUCGUUCGCCUCCUUUACGAUGGCCGACCCGUACGCAUGCCCUGGUGCGCUCCGGCGUCUUCGCCCGCGGCAGAUGGGGGUCCGGAGCUCUGCCCACUUGACAUGUUCCGGGCCAAGGUCAAUCGCGAGGUCAAUGAGGGCAGGCCGCGCGACGCCAAGAGUGGCAAGGUGCUGAGUUGGGAUGAGGAAUGUGUGAUGGGAAGAGGUGAGAGGAGUGACAAGUGAGGGAAGAGGGAUGACGGACAUCAAUGGGG